CGGCUCUACCAGCUCUACCGUAUAUGGUUUUCUCAAGCUUGUCCUGGAAAGCCAGUUGUGUUGGUUGUGUCGUCGUGUUUCGUCGUCGUUCCCGCCAAUUCCUUCCGCACUGUUUUCCAAAACGAACUCCGGGGUUUGGGAGUACAUGCAAGCACUGUGAUGAGGUAACGUGACAAAAAUGGAAAAAUAUUUAAGUUCAAAAAGAAGGCGCCAGUUUCGCUUAAUUAAGUAUGCUGCCUCAUCAUAUAUGAAAGAGGUGGACACGCGUAGUCAGAUUUUGGAGACUGAAGUCUCUCUUGAAACCGCAUGCCUGAGAACUGAACAUGUUUCUUAUCCUCCUAUUUCGGAUCUAAACCAAGCAGCUUUGCGUCGUGAACCAAGUGAAGAAAGUUUUUUCACUAAUGUUUCUGUUGCAUCAGAAGAACUUGACGAACCAGAACUAGCUGGUACGUCACCUGCUUCUCUCUCUGAGGAGUACCCCAGUCAUGAUAUUAUUUCUGAUCUUCGUACAUGGGCAGUAUCUUUCAACAUUGAGCAUGCAGCUUUGGACGGUCUUCUUGGAGUUCUUAAACGGCGCAUAAGUGGCCUUCCCAGCAAUUCUCGUAAUCUGCUUGGUACGCCGAAAAGCACUCCCUCUGUGCCCUUGUCAAACGGUGACUACUGUCAUUUCGGCUUGGAGGAUGGCCUGCGCCAUGCUUUGCAGAUGUGGCCAUCUAUCACACUGGACACCAGAACUCUUGAUGUGUCCUUUAAUGUGGAUGGACUUCCUCUCUUCAAGAGUAGUAGCAGACAAGUGUGGCCUGUGUUAGGUUUGCUUCACCACCCACAAAAUAAGCUGCUGGACAGAGUGUUCGUUGUGGGCCUUUUUUGCGGGGCUUCAAAACCAAGCUCUGUGGAUGAAUAUCUUCAUCCAUUUGUUCAAGAACUUGAGUGCAUGCUACAGAGUGGCCUGGACUCUCAAGGGAUGCAUUACUCCAUUACUGUGCGAGCAGUACUCUGUGAUGCUCCUGCGAAAGCAUUUGUUAAGUGCACAAAAGGUCAUGGAGGGUACUAUGGAUGUGACAAGUGUUGCGCAUCAGGUGUAUAUUAUGGACGCAUGACUUUUCCUAACUUGAAUGCUCCUCUGCGUACUGACGACUCAUUCAAGGCUCAGUUACAAGAGGAGCACCACAAAGGGACUUCUCCAUUGGCAACAAUCGGGGUGUCCAUGGUCAGCAGAUUUCCCAUUGAUUAUAUGCACUGUGUCUGCCUCGGGGUGGUUCGAAAACUGAUAGGCUUGUGGCUAAGAGGACCCCUAUCUGUUCGACUUGGUUCAACAUCAGUCUCAGCUCUGUCUCGUGAGCUUGCUCUACUUGGGAAGCUCAGUGCCACGGAUUUUCAGCGAAAAUGUCGAGGCCUCCAAGAGUUUGAUCGCUGGAAAGCGACAGAGUUUCGUUUCUUUUUGCUUUAUGCGGGUCCUGUCACAAUAAGAAAAGUCGUGAAGCCAGAAGUUUACAAACAUUUUCUUCUACUUCAUGUGGGGAUUGCCAUUCUUGUAUCCCCGUCGAUGGUGCACAUGUUGGACUAUGCGGAGCAGCUGCUCCGUCUUUUUGUAAGGGAAUGCUCUGUAAUUUAUGGAAAGACAUCACUCGUGUACAAUGUGCAUCUGCUCAUUCACCUCGCAAAUGACUGUCGCCUCUUGGGACCCCUUGACAACUUCAGCUGUUUUCCUUUUGAGAACUACCUGGGGAGGCUGAAGACCCUUGUCAGAUCAGGCAAUAAGCCACUUCAGCAGCUACACAGAAGGAUCCUAGAGGAGAGGGCGUGCGCUGUAAGCCACACUCUCGAUACCGCUGCCUCCACCCAGGGUGAAUUCUGCGUGGUACCAUCAUCUUGUCACAUGAGUGGACCCACCGGUGCCUUGGCGAUCUGCUGUGAUCAGCAGUUCACCAAGGCACUGUUAAAGGGCUCUAAACUGAAUGUCCAGGGGCGAGACAACUGUGUCCUAAUUUCUGAAGGCCGUGUUGUAGUGCUUGCAAACAUUUUAACACACAGGGAUGAAGUACUGCUUGUAGGACAUGAGUUUAAACAUGUGCAAGACUUAUACCGCUAUCCAUGUCGGUCUUCCCUUCUGUCAAUAUUCUUAGUGUCGUGCCUAGACAGCAGAUUGCUAACCUUCUCUUCUGCGGACAUUCUUUGCAAAGGGAUGCUUUUUCCAUUCAGAGGAAAGCAAGCAUUCUUUCCUCUGCUUCAUCUCCUUUGAGCUGUCCGAAAGGCACUGCCUAACGUAAAGUUUGUCUACAACGUUAAAAAAACACACACACACAGACUUUACGUAAGGUGAUGCCUUUCCUCAGCCCUGGCCGUUUCAGUCUGAAUGAGCAUCAUACUGGCACAUGUUUCUGGAAUCACUACUGCGUGGUGCACAUUGAAGACCCUAGGCUAGUGGUGGCACUGCUCUAGCGAAAUUUCGCAUCUCCAGCGCGUGACAAUGUCACUGAGCCCUGGCAGACUAGACUCAUGCUGCCUAAACGACAGCAUUUUUUUCUACAAUGCUAUUGAAUGACUUUUGCCACUUUCCAGCUACUACAUAGUGGAAUUUCUCAAAGACAAGAGCACAUAUGUGGUGCCCUCUUGGUGGACUGCAAAUGAAGG